GCCAUUAUUACCAAAGGAUUCAAUCUGCGCAACACUUCAGAUGGGCCCAUCACUGAGUGGUUCUCAUAAUAAUUCGUUUAAGGACGGCAUCGGUCUCCCGUUGUAACGUAUUGGGGAGCAUCUCGCGACACGCAAAAAAUUUAUUCACGUAUGUAGUACCCAAAUACAAAACGGUUCCCAUGUGGUCCUUCGAGCAAGUUGCUGGUUAUCUUGGGAUGUUACUGCAUGCAUAUGCAUUUCCUCUGUGCCUGCAUAACUUAGCACGGUGGCUGUCUGUCGCAGAACGACAUCGAAUGGCCCCGACGUUGAUCCCGUUAAUUGUCUUGGGACUCCCUGAGUGUAAACCGAUUGCAGUAUAUGUGCGGUCGUGCGUAACGUGGCAUUGAUCAAUCAUCAAUGAUAUGAGUGAGAGUCGUCAAGGCGAUUCUGGAGUCAAUUGACAAGGACCGAUUCACAUGCCCAGGGUCCACAUCGGCCAGUCUCCCUACGAUGGCCAAAAC